AUGUACAGCGCGCUCUUCCAGCUCGUGCACCGGAGACAGGCGCUCGAGCUCCACCGGCAUGGGCCGCGGCCUGUGAAGGCGGAGAUGGAGGAUCGGAGCCCCUACAAGAAGAGCUGCCCGGAGGCCGGCGGGGGCAGCGGGGCCGUCCUCGGGGUGACGGGGGGCGGGGGCGGGCGGGUCGAGGAGGUGGCCCUGGGCGCCAAGAUCCAGAAGGCGGUGGAGUUCAAAGCGGAGGGUCACCGCUGCUACAAGCAGAAGAAACUCCGCGAAGCCAUCGGCAAAUACCACCGCGCCUUGCUCCAGCUCAAGGGGCUGGAGGCGGCGGUGGGGGAGGCUGAGGGGGGCGGCGACGCGGCGGCGGAGAAGAAGAAGAGCCUGCUGGGCAGGGCCGGUUGGCACCGACUCUCUGAGGAGCAGCGGGCACUGGUGGAGAGCACCGAAAUCGAGUGCUACAACAGCCUGACGGCCUGCCUGCUGCAGUCGGAGCUGGUGAACUACGAGCGUGUGAGGGAAUAUUGCCUCAAGGUGCUGGCGAAGGAGAAGAGCAACUUCAAAGCCAUGUACCGGGCGGGCAUCGCCUUCUACCACCUGGGGGACUAUGACAAUGCCAUGCUCUACUUGAAAGAGGCCAAAAGCCGUGAGCCCACAGACACCAACGUCUUGCGCUACAUUCAGCUGACAGAGAUUAAGAUCAGCCGCUGCAGCCAGCGGGACAAGGAAAUGAUUGCAUAGUAGAGGGACUGCCUCACCAGAGCUCUCUCUCUCUCUCUCACACACACACACACACAUUGGUGAUGGACACAGGAUUUGCACGUGGUGCCAACAGUGCCAGCUGCCCUCCAUGAUCCAGGAAAAUGCCCCCAGGUGUGCCCACCAGGUCCCUGGCACAUGCCACAGCUAGAGAGUUCUCAGAGCAUUGCUCCUGAAGGAUAGUUUUGGGACCCCAUCUUCUUGGCUGCAGGACGCGAUAAUGUAGCAUCUUGCCAAAACACUGCUGGGGUUGCUUAUUUGUGCUUCGCUUUAAAAAAAAAAUGAGAGACUUUAUAAGAUAUGCCUCUAUAGGAUUAACUGAGUGGCACUGGGAGCAGAGAGCAAUGCCAGGAAGCUGCCAGGGCUUGAGAAAGGGGCCACACAAUGCCAGAAGGAAGGCAACUUGGGGUGUCAUGCGGCAGGGGUAAAGACAGACUUCAGAGCAGAU